AUGACGCUCUACUACACAUUUGUAUUCGGAAUCCUGGCCUUCGAAAUGGUCAUGUUUCUGCUACUGGCUUUGCCUGUUCCUUCCAAAUAUCGCAAGCCAGUCACUAUGGCUCUGAUCAGGCCGUUUCGCCUGACACAGGUUCAGGUUGCGGUCAAAUGCAUCUUGGCAUUCAUCCUCCUCCUAUUCGUGGACACCAUAAACCGCGUGUACUCCGUUAAUGCAGAGCUUUCACAGACAUCUUUGGCAUCUGGAGUUAGUGAUCGCAAUGAAGUGCAAAGUCGCAAAUUUUACGCCCAAAGAAAUAUGUACUUGACUGGUAUCACUUUGUUCUUGACGUUCACUGUGUUUAGAACGUAUGGACUCGUGUGGGAAUUACUGGAGCUCAAAGAAAGCUAUAGAGCCGAACCGGAAAACAUGGACGUCGACGAUCUCAAAAAGCAGAUCAAGGAUGCCGAAAAAGAGAUCCAGUCUCUAAAGGAACGUGCUGAGGGUCUUCAGGCUGAUAUGUAG